CUCGAGUUUCACUCUAAUAGCUAUCUACCUCUUUCGGCUCACUUCUUCAAGGCUUUGAUGAAUCGCGGAGGUUAAAGGAAAUCCAACGUCUAUACCCGUAUAAAUGUCAUCAUUCAAGAAAAAGAUACCAAGUGGAAGCACCAUUCCAACUGGUUUUUAUCCAUCACAUUACAAUGGUCUUCCUCUCACUUCAACAGGAAUAGCUUCAUUAGAUGAUGUACUAGGUGGUGGAAUUCCAGCUUCAUCCAGUUUUCUGGUAGCUGAAGAUAGUGAUUCAUCCUAUUCAAGACUAGUACUGCGAUAUUGGAUCACUCAAGGUUUGGCGGCUGGUCAAAGAUCAUUGGUCAUUGGUUCUUCUCUCGAUGAUGGUGGUGGACCUACGGCUUUGAUCGAUCGAUUAAUGGAUCUUACUGAUAAUGAAAAAUCGGCUCAAGUUCCAGUUCACGAUACUGGACUAGAUGAUGAUGAUGAAGAAGAAGAAUCAAAUCUGGAUGAUAAAUCAAAACAAAUGAAGAUCGCGUGGAGGUAUGAAUCUCUGGGCAAACAUCAAGCUCAAACAGAAUUACACCAACGCGGUCAAUGUCAUUCCUUUGACUUGAGCAAGACUAUGGUGCUUUCAGACGAACAAAGAAAACGGAUCAGUUGCAUAGAUGUUGCCGACUGUCCUAGUUAUGAUGACCUUCUUAAUCAAAUCGAUCAAAUCAUUAGCGCCCCUCACCCUCCUUCCCAUCCAUAUCCACCGCUUCGGAUAGCCAUUCAUUCCUUAGGCUCACCAGGAUCACCAGCAGCAUCGCAUACUAUCCUUUUCAAGUUUCUUGUUAGAUUGAAGUCUCUCCUGCAACCUUCUUCUUCCGUGGCCAUGAUCACUUUCCCUAGUACGAUCUACUCAGCACAAGCGAUGCCAAUGCUCUGUUGGGCAACCGACGGAUGUCUUGCCCUCGAAAGCUUUGCAGGCAAUGAUGCUUCUCAGACUGCAUUUCCAAACCAUCAAGGUGUAUGUCACUUCUUACGCCUACCCUCACAUGCCUCUCUCUCGCCUCCCUCGACCAAGCUUUCUGUCCUACGUGGACUUGGCGCUUCCGAUUCUGCCGAAGCCGGUGGGAUCGAUACCAACCUAGGCUUCAAAGUCGGUAGACGAAAAGGUUUCAGAAUCGAAAUGAUGGGCCUCGGCAUCGAUGCUGAACCCAUAGAAGAUCCAGCAAGUCACCCUUAUUCAGAAUCGAUCGUCAAUCCUGAGCCUGUUAUAUCCGAACCUAAAGUAGAGUCUCCGAAACCGAAAGGCAAAACAAAAGUGAAAGCCCGAGUCCGGUUCGGAGGUACUGAUGAUCUAGAAGAUCAUGCGAGCCAUAAACAUCCAGUCAAGCAUCUUGGCAACACUGAUUGGUGAAGUUCACGGGCGAGAGUAUGACUAGCCUCCUCUCCUAGAUCGUACUACCGAACCAAUCUUCGUACAUGGUUUGUAUCCAGAUCGGCAGCAAGAAAAGACAAAUGACUGGUAUCUUGCUCAAGGAUGUUGGACCUGGUAUCCCGCCAUUCGAAACCAAUUGCACCCCAUCUCAAAGGUUGUAUUGAGAGUCUAACCUUGUAAUUUCCAUACAAAAUGCAGCCUCAUAGACAACUCCACGUUAAAAGUAUGAAUUGUGUAAAUAUGAGAUGUUAAACGUGAAUUUUACAAAUGUGACAUGUCUG